AUAUCUGAUCCUAUCCGAACCGUUGUCCUCUACCCGCUCGAUUCAAAACGAAACGCCUCUCUCAUCUUUUUUCAAUACAGUCAAUGUGGAGCUGAUUUCGCGGGGUUUUCUUUCGCCAUCGAAUCACACGGCGAUUCCUCCGAUUUACAACCAUCUGCUAUGAUUUCUACGCCAUUCAAAAACUAUAAGAAGGAUCAUCUUAUCGCAGAAGCAAGCAAUCGGUCAACUACAGUAGAGUAAGAUCGUUUUCUUCCAACUCCUUUUUGCGUUUAUGGCGAUCGAUUCCUUUCGUAGUUUAUAAUUCAUGUUAUGUACAUAGAAGAAAGAAACUCCACCUCCUGACGCGUCGAAUCAAAGUAGCUUCCUAGGUCCCCUUUCUAUUUGUUGAUUUCUUUGCUUGCUUUUUAACGUUCUCUUCCUUUCUGGUCUCCAUUUCUCUGUUUUGUUGGAUCUCGUUUCAUGAUCAUUACGCAGCCAGCAUGAAUGAAUGAAGACACAAAAACGGGAACAGAAAACCUCAAAAGGGGUGAAGGAGAAAGCUCCAUCUUUACAAGAAAACAGGAAUAGAGAACCUACAGAAUGUUCUAAAAUGGGAAACCGGUUACAUGUUAGCAAACAUCAUGAAAGAAAAACAAGUGCCAUGGCUUACAAGAACCAGAGGUCAGAAAGUAUUGUACAUGAAGUUGGUGAUCUUGUGAAACACAGUAGCAAUCUGCCUAGCUAUCUCCAGUGUGGGGGCAAAACUGGAAAUAUCCAAGAAAAAACUUUUGAUUUUGGAGUUCUUGACUGGAACCUUCUACAAAACUGGAAGUCCAACACAAACUGCAAUACAAAACCAUCAAUCUCCAUCAAUAAUCCUGCACAAAAAAGUAAAUCACCUAAUUUACAAGCUCUUCUACAGCUUAGAAUGAAGAAUGAUAUUCCUUUCUUCAAACUUAUGGCAGAUAGCUCCAAUAACACUCUAGUUGCCACUGUGAAAAAGUUACCAUCUGGGAAAGACGAUUCAAGUUUGACUUACACAUUCUACUCUGUUCAUGAAACCAAGAACAAGAUUGUUGGGCAUAUGAAGAUUUCUAGUUCUUAUCAUGCUGAGUUUAGUGGACUAGAAAGAGACUUAUUUGUGGAAAGAGAAUCAGUAUUGUAUGAUCCUGAUCUUGGUCAAUCCGAGCUUGCUGCCAUUGUUGUCAAGAACACAAGUAAAGAAAAGUAUGGAGGUUUAGGGAGAUCAAAAAGCACAGUGGUUGUUCUUCCUGGAGAUAUUCAUACAUUGCCAAAAAGUGGAAAACCUUCUUCUUUGAUUAACAGAUGGAAAUCUGGUGGAGCUUGUGAUUGUGGAGGGUGGGAUAUUGGUUGUGAGCUAAAAGUUCUUACUAAUCAGAGUGAAUCAACUGAAAUUGUAAAUCCAUCUACCUCAGAUCAUAUCGAUCUUUGUUAUCAGGGAAUGGGGAACAACAAUUGUGCUUUUAGUUUGGCUUCACUUGAGAAUGGUGUUUACUCAGUGGAAUACAAUGCAUCAAUAUCUUUGUUGCAAGUAUUCUCCAUUUGUGUUGCAGUUGUAAGUAGCCAAAAAUUAACUCAUAUUUUCCAAGUUAAUCAUUUUCAAGAUGUAUUUGAUUUCAGUAAAUCCAUAAUUACAAGACAUCGGAACGUCAAAAGUCAAACCAUUGUACAUAAUAAAAUACCACCUGUCUCACCGAUUGGGAGGCUAUGAAUAUAUUUUUUAUUUA